CGCGCGCCGCCUCCCGCCGCCGCCUCCCCUCCCCCGGAACCCCCUCCCGCCCGGCCAGACUAGGAGGCCCUAAUGGAUGUUUCCGAAAGCCCUGAGCAAAACCUGUGCUCUCCCAACCAGAAGGAAGAGGAAGAAGAGGAGGGUGACCAGCAGCUCUCUGAUGAUGAAAUCCUGAAAGACAGUGGCUCAGAACAGGAUGGAGAGGACGUACUGGACAACAAUUUGGGGGGAGACGAAGGUGCUGCCAGAUUGUUGAGCCACAAGGAGGAAGAGGAGGAGAACCAUUCAGAUGAAGAGGACUGCUUAAGCGAAACCAAGUCUCAGGACUCAGACAAUAAUGAGCAAAGCAGUGUGCUUAAGGGUUCUCUAUCGGUCAAGGAGGAUCGGGCCAAUGACCUUGCUGAUGAAGCAUCCUCAGUCACUCGGGAACUGGACGAGCAUGAACUGGACUAUGAUGAGGAGGUUCCCGAGGAACCAAACGCCACUGCUGCUGACGAUGAGACUGACAAGGCUGGAGGAGAGGAGGAGGAUGAAGAGGAGGAAAAAGGAGAUGAGCCCCCUGAAGAUGAGAAAAAAUCUGACGCCAAGAGUGAUGAUGAAAACGAUGGGCAGGAGCCCCCCAAGGAGAAGAAGAAAGAGGAAGAUGGAGAAAUUGAUGAUGGCGAGAUUGACGAUGAUGAUCUAGAGGAGGGAGAGGUGAAAGACCCCAGUGACAGGAAAGUGAGGCCGCGUCUCACCUGCCGCUUUUUCGUUAAAGGACACUGCACUUGGGGCAUGAAUUGCCGGUUUAUUCAUCCAGGUGUGAAUGACAAGGGAAAUUACUCUUUGAUCACCAAGCCAGAGCCUUUCCCUCCAAAUGGUGCGCCUCCUAUCGGUCCUGGCCCUCACCCACUGAUGCCAGCCAAUCCUUGGGGACAGCCUGUUGUUGAUGAAAUCUUGCCACCUCCACCUCCAGACCCUCCAACAGAAAGUGCCUGGGAACGCGGACUCCGUCAUGCUAAAGAGGUGCUGAAAAAGGCCACAAUGCGGAAAGAGCAGGAGCCUGAUUUUGAGGAGAAGCGGUUCACAAUCACUAUAGGGGAGGAUGAGCGAGAGUUUGACAAAGAGAAUGAAGGUUUCAGAGACUGGAACUACCGCAUCACUCGAGAUGUCCGAGACUCAACUGAGGUGGACAUCAAAGACAACGCUAACUUGGGGGCUGAUCCUUAUGCGGAUCCUUACUAUGAUUAUGAUAUGGAACGAUUUUGGCGAGGUGGACAGUAUGAGAACUUCAGAGUGCAGUAUACAGACCCGGAUCCAUACCGGAACUAUAGAUUGAGUAAGGAAAGGGAAAGAGAGCGGGAAAGGGAGAACCGCCAGCGAGAACGGGAACGCGAGCGGGAGAGGGAGCGGGAACGCGAGCGUCGGCAGAGGGAGCGGGAACGCGAAAGAGAGAGGGAGCGUGACAAAGAACGCCAACGGAGGAAAGAAGAAUGGGAAAGAGAAAGGGAGCGCAUCAAGAGAGACGAGAAGGACCGCCAACACCGAGACCGGGACCGAGACAAAGACCGGGAGAAAGAGAAGGAGAAGCCAAAACCCCGGUCCCCGCAGCCAACAAGCCGCCAGCCUGAGCCACCAAAGAAGGAUAAGGACGUAACCACAACCAGCUCAUCUCACUCCAAGAGAGCAGAUGAGUGGAAGGACCCUUGGCGCCGAUCAAAAUCUCCCAAGAAGAAGCAUGGGAUGUCCGCCUCUCCCAGCCGUGCUCGCCGGCGCCGGAAAACUUCAGCCUCAACAGCUUCUGGCUCGGGUUCUUCAAGGUCAUCAUCUCGCUCCUCCUCCUAUUCUGGAUCUGGUUCUUCACGAUCGCAUUCUAGAUCUUCUUCAUACAGCUCCUACUCUAGUCGCUCUUCCAGACACAGUUCCUUCUCAGGCAGUCGGUCCAGGUCACGAUCUUUCUCAUCUUCCCCAUCUCCUUCUCCCACGCCGUCUCCACACAAACCUGUUUCCAAAGCUAAAGGAGAGGCUGCAGCACCUGUGGCAAAGGGGGACAAGCCUUUGAAGAAACUCCCUGCUCCCACGGCACCACCGCCAGUCACAAAAGCUGCUCCAGCUGCCUCGGAGCCAGCCAAGCCAGGCGACACCAGAGAGGCAAGGAGGAAGGAGCGUCAGACAAGAACACCACCCAGGAGGCGGGCCAUCAGUUGCAGCAUGAGUGGAAGUGGCAGCAGCUACAGCGGUUCCAGUUCCCGUUCACGGUCUUUGUCUCGCUCCCUUUCCCGAUCUCAUUCCCGGUCCACCUCUGCCUCCAUUUCUCCAUCGCCCUCUGGAUCCAGAAAAUCCAGGUCUUUGAGUGUGAGUAGUGUCUCGUCUGUCUCUAGUGCCUCUUCGAGUAGCAGUUCUGUGCACAGCGCUGACUCGGAAGACAUGUACGCAGAUCUGGCCAGCCCGGUGUCUUCGGCCAGUUCUCGAUCACCAACCCCAGCACAACAGAAGAAAGAGAGAGUAGGAAAACCCAGAAAAGAAGGCGGUGGGGGUGUCAAAGAAGAAAAACGGAAACGGGACACAACAGCACAGCCAGCCAAGACCGCCAAGCCUGUCCCGGGGACUAAAUCUCAACAGGCACCUCCAGCCCAACAGCCGCCUGCGUCACAGCCUGCUGGCUUCAGCGCCCACAAAGAAAUCAAACUAACACUGUUAAACAAGGCAGCUGACAAGGGAAGCAGCCGGAAGAGGUACGAGCCAUCUGACAAAGACAGGCAGUCUUCUCCUCCAGCAAAACGGAUCAAUCUCUCUCCAGACAGAGGUGCUCGCGAAAGGAAACCGACAGGAAGGCUCUCGUCUCCCAAACAGGAACGCCAGCGGGGCCCCAAUCCAAAACCCUCCCUGGCUCAGGCCGACAAGAAACGUCCGCUCUCGCCCCAGUCCAAGAGUUCCAGCAAAGUUACGAGCAUCCCAGGCAAAGCGGGUGAGGCUGCCGCUCCGGCCGCGGCUGCGAAAUCGGGCAAGUCCAGCACGUUGUCCCGGAGGGAGGAACUCCUAAAGCAACUGAAGGCUGUAGAAGAUGCCAUUGCCCGCAAACGGGCCAAGAUCCCUGGGAAAGUAUAGUCUGCCUUGGUUCCCCAGCCUGGAUUUAGAGACUGCUCCUGCGUUUUUAUAAAUAGCGUAUAAAGCAGGCACUUCUGGAUUUUGCAGUUCUGUUUUAUUUUGGCUGUGGAUCCUUUUUAAAAGAAACAAAACACAAACAAAAUGAGAGAUUGAAGAUCACUUUUGGUCAAUUGAAACCCACCUCCAGGCGGGUCUGAGACGGCUCCCUCUGGGUUCCUCUCCAUCCCACGUGUUGCCAGCACCGUGGCAGAGGGCAGCCGCCAUGCUGUCUUUCCAUGCCCGUCGUGCGCAGCGGACUCUGAAGGGCAGCCCUGUCAAAGGCCUUCUCCUCUGCCCUGGCCACCUCUCUGUGCUAGCUACGAGUCGUACGUCCCUAGUUAGCCCCGCUGUGUGUUGAGUGUGUCUGCAGCAAUGCCGUUUCUACCUGCUGUGUAAGGAGGGACAGCCCAAACCUGCCGUCACUUGCCGGAAAUGUCCCCCUUUCUGUUGUCUCUUCUUCCUUCUCCCUCCCUCCCUUGUCCCCACGCCAGGAACUAAACCAGUUGCGUAGAUAUCCUUGAUGGAAGUCUUGAUCGGAAGAUCCCACGUGUCUUUUUCUUUUAAGCAAAAGAUUGUUUUAGUUGAAUUUAAAAAAAUACAAAAAGGAAAAAAAAUCCAGAGAAAAAGCAAAGGUAUCGUCAGGAUGUGUGUCUCAAUAAGGAGGGUCCUUUUUUUUUUGAGGGGUUAUGCUGAAAAAUAAAGUAUUUUGAUAAACA